UGACAGCAAAUCGUAGCAGGCUACUUGUGGAUUUGCUCCUGGUGACGAUAUUUUUUUCAUAAUUCCAUCGUAGUUCACAUUGAUUUUAAUGCAACAGAGCGAUUCACUUCAUUCUUCAGCUGAUUGUCGAAUAAAGCAGUUGAGUUUUUGGUAGUGUGACGGUGAUGAAAAUUUCCUAAAACUUGAACAAUACUGUACACUGUUUUGUAAGAUAGCCUGACAGGAACAGGGCACAUAUUUUCUGUGAUCGAAGCUUGUGGAAGCCGGUUUGAGCAUAAUCACAAUGUCCUCUUCGAUCGUUUGUCUGGCUGCCCGGUUGGAAAUCAUGGAGGAGCGGAUUGGGUCAUUGGAGCGGGAGGUGAAAUUAAGUAACCUAAAGCUAUCCCGAAUAGAAGAAAAGUUGAAAGAGCAGACACGGCAAUUGUCGAUGUUGAUCGACCAAAAAGUGUUGAACGAGCCACAAAAACAGGAGCAGGUGCCGCAGCCGAUAGAGGAAACAGAAAAGGAUAAGGAUGACGAGCAAAUCCCGGUUCUGCCAGUAAGAACCGUAACAGACCUUUAUAUAUUGAACCGUAGAUGUGCCAUAAAUGAAGCGUUUUUACAGCAAAUGGCGGAAAAAUUACAACAGAUUGUGUUCGCAUCGGAAAAGAGAAACCGGAACGCCAGACGAGUGAUGGAGACGCUCGUCACGUACGACGUUCUAUGCCAAUUUAAUUGGACUGGAAGAAAUGCCAAAAAUUACCUAGCCACAACCAAGAACAGGUUUGCAAACCUGCAUGGCAUUAUCGCUCUGCUAGUCAAAGCCCUCAGUUUUGGGCUUAAUGCAGAGCAGACGGAGCAGGAGCGAUCAUCCAUUACCAACAGUGUUCGCAAUGCCGUGAACAAAUCAUCGCAAAACAAGAAGCGAUUCUGCCAGACACGAAAUGAAUGAAAGCUCCUGU